UGUAUCCGGAAGGCACCGUGUUGUGUUCUGGGAUGUCAAAGUGGGCCAGUAUGGGUGGAUGGCGGGUCGGUUAUCAUAUCUUCCCACCGGAACUGACGUCUUUGAAGAACGCUGUAAAGAACGCUGCAAGUAAUACGUACACAUCCGUAGCCGCCCCGAUACAGUACGCAAUCACAGAGGUGUUACAAGACCAUGCCAUAUGCGAGAGUUACAUGUUCCACACCACCCGCAUAAUGGCGGCCGUAGCCGAAUAUUGCCAUCGUGAACUGACCGAUGUCGGCGUAAAGGCUGUUGUUCCAAAGGGAGGCUUCUACAUCUUCCCAAACUUCGAGGUUCUGAGGGAGACGCUCAUUGCUCAGGGAAUACAUACGUGCGAGCAAAUGGUGGAGAAGUUGUUCCGACAAACAGCAGUGUCGGUCAUGGCAGGCGGACCCGGCUUCCUGCGACCGGAAACGGAACUGACGGUCAGGCUGUGUUUCGUGCAUUUUGACGGAGCCGACGCAUUGCUUGAGAGUGAGCGAAUUGGUCGCGGUACCCCAUUUCCGGAAGACUUUGUGCGGACGCAUUGCACGAACGUUUAUGAUGGAAUUAAGAAAAUGUCCCGCUGGGUUAUUAACUUGCUAUCUGAAAAGACGACGCAAAAGCCAUAGAAGAAAGCAGCUGUAUUGUUUUGGAUAAUUUCUGUUGAAGUGACCAUCGUUUUGCUAUAGUAUAUUACGAGUAUUUCAGAACGUGUUUUAUAUGUUCAUGUACUCUGUAUAUGUAAGUUCAUUGAACGCAAUGAACAACGUAAGUUUUAAGAAUUUUUUAUGUUUCAAUUCUCGCUAUAAAACAGAAACAUGUUGUGUUUUGUAUGUGACAUACGUGUUAUGGAUACUGUUAUCUGAGAGAGUGUGAAUUUAAUUCAACUUGUAAUAUACAUAUAUUUUCAACAAAUACUAGGCAUUACAAACGACAAGUUCAGAUGCAGACAUUUCCCAUUGCAUAGAGGUGCGAUGGGGUUGUUAAUAAUGAGGUUGUAUGGAUGUGUUAUCUUAUCUCUAACACUAUCGAAACUUUCAUAAUACAAUUCUAUACACACAUAAGUACACCAAUAUCAAAUAAUAAGAUGCGUGUCAAUUACGUAUAUUGACUAACCCAGACAGACACUCUAUGUGAAAACAUCAUGAAAAUUUUGCUCGUGUGUCAUAUGUCAACGUGUAUUGCCGUCCUCGUAUGCAAAGGGCAUAUUCCAUGUCAGUUGUGUACCGGUAGGUUGUAUCGCACAAAUUGGUUUUGUGAACAUCUAUUCCACAUUUUCGAAUGGCGAAUUGAAUGCGAUGUAACUCAAUAAACGAGAGCGAUACAAUACAUAGUUAUAUAGUAUUAUACUAUUUAUAAAUGUUUACCAUUAUAAUACAGUUAUAACAACUA